UGACCUCGGUGCUGAACACGACGUCAGAUGAACCUGCUCUCAUCACAGGAGACACCAUCCAGCCUCCCUCCCUCUUUGAUUUAAUGCUUCUGUUCCAACGCCCCAUUUUUUUCUUAUUUGGCUUUUUAUAUUUAGCACUUUUCUCCUGCGGUACAUGAUUGCUUUGUUUAGUUCUGUUGUUGUUGUUGUUGUUGAACUCACUCUGCUCUCUCGCACGCUGCCGGCUCUCACUUUCACUCGCCUUUGGUUCGUGAUGGCACUUUGUGCGGCUACUGUGCUCCAGGCGGGAGGAGAGCUGCUGGCGGAUGAAGGCGCGCACCUCGUUUGAAUUCCUCUCUUUGUCAAAAGGUGUUUUCGUCACGAGGUUUUGUCACAAUUGCGCUGAAAAUUAAACUCGCCUGCUGGAUCGUCGCCUCCCUGGGCUCAGACUCCCUCCACCUCCGUUUUGUCGCUUUCCUGCCGCUAGCUGCGGCAGUCGGCCAUCCUGCGCUGUAACAUGAUGCCGAGGCAGUAAAAUUAUUAGUAUUAUUAUUACUUUUAUUUUUAAAAGAACAGUCAACACACAAAGGCUGGACAUGGAGUCCGUGAAGACAGGGGUCAAGGAAUUUGCGGGGAAGACCCUGGGUCAGAUGUACAGGGUGAUAGAAAGGAGGCAGAAAACCGGGGAGGUGAUCGAGCUGACGGAGGAUGGGCGGCCUCGGGAGGCCGCGGAGAAAAAGCCCCCGCUGUGUGACUGCACGUGUUUCGGUUUGCCGCGCCGCUACAUCAUCGCCAUCAUGAGCGGCUUAGGCUUCUGCAUCUCCUUCGGCAUCCGAUGCAACCUGGGCGUGGCUAUCGUGAGCAUGGUCAAUAACAGCACCAUCCACCAGAACGGCAAGAUCAUCAUCAAGGAGAAAGCUAAGUUCAAUUGGGACCCGGAGACAGUGGGAAUGAUCCAUGGAUCCUUUUUCUGGGGCUACAUUGUGACGCAAAUCCCGGGAGGAUACAUUUCCUCGAGGCUGGCAGCAAAUAGGGUGUUUGGUGCAGCUAUUGUCCUCACCUCCACUCUCAACAUGUUCAUCCCCUCUGCUGCUCGAGUCCACUAUGGGUGUGUUAUUUUUGUCAGAAUAUUACAAGGACUCGUGGAGGGAGUGACUUACCCAGCCUGUCACGGCAUCUGGAGCAAGUGGGCUCCACCACUAGAAAGGAGCCGCCUGGCUACCCUCUCAUUCUGUGGCUCUUAUGCUGGUGCUGUGGUAGCGAUGCCUCUGGCUGGGAUCCUGGUCCAGUACACAGGAUGGUCCUCAGUGUUUUAUGUAUACGGCUGCUUCGGUAUUUUCUGGUACAUGUUCUGGAUCCUUGUGUCUUACGAGAGCCCUGCUGAUCACCCUUCCAUCACUGAUGAAGAGCGCGUCUACAUAGAGGAGAGCAUUGGAGAGAGUGCCAAGCUGAUGGGUCCGUCAGAGAAAUUCAAGACCCCUUGGAGGAAGUUCUUCACCUCUAUGCCUGUCUAUGCAAUCAUUGUGGCAAACUUCUGCAGGAGCUGGACCUUCUACCUGCUGCUCAUCAGUCAGCCUGCAUACUUUGAGGAAGUGUUCGGCUUUGAGAUAAGCAAGGUGGGCAUACUCUCUGCCCUCCCUCACUUGGUGAUGACCAUCAUCGUGCCCAUUGGGGGUCAGCUGGCCGACUACCUGCGCAGCAGGAACAUCUUGACAACAACCACUGUCAGGAAAAUAAUGAACUGUGGAGGAUUUGGCAUGGAGGCCACAUUGCUGCUGGUGGUGGGGUAUUCCCAUAGCAAAGGGGUGGCAAUUUCCUUCCUUGUGCUGGCAGUGGGCUUCAGUGGAUUUGCCAUAUCAGGCUUUAAUGUGAACCAUCUGGACAUCGCUCCUCGUUAUGCCAGUAUCCUAAUGGGCAUCUCUAAUGGUGUUGGUACCUUGUCUGGGAUGGUGUGCCCUCUAAUUGUUGGUGCUAUGACAAAGAACAAGACUCGAGAAGAGUGGCAGUACGUAUUCCUGAUAGCCUCCCUGGUGCACUACGGAGGAGUGGUCUUCUAUGGGAUCUUUGCCUCUGGAGAGAAACAGCCGUGGGCCGACCCGGAACUCACAAGUGAGGAAAAAUGUGGCUUCAUCGAUGAGGAUGAGUUGGCGGAGGAGACUGGUGACAUCACCCAGAGUUACGGAGCUUUUGGGGGUGCAGCCAAAACUUACGGUGCGACCACACAGGUGAAUGGAGGCUGGGCAACCGGCUGGGAGAAGACGGAGGAGUACGUUCAAGAGGAAGCACAGGAAGGAGGCUACGGAUACAGGAAGGAAGAAGGGUAUUCUUAGGCCAAACACGAAGUUUGCGACACAUGAGUUGACUUUGUUUCCCGGAGUUUCCAGAGUGUACGUCUGUUUUAGUCCUAAGAAUAUCAACAAAUGAGAAACAAGAAAAGCUACAAUCUAUUGUCUUAUUGUUUGCACAGAAAAACCCUAAAAAAUUAUCAAUUCAGUGUAAAAAUUACUAAUAUAUAUAAAUAUAUAUAAGAAGAAUAAUACAACAUUUGAUGACUAGAGGUGUAGCACAUAUCAAUUUGGCAGUAUGUAAAUGUACUAUUAUGCAUAUUAAUAAUAGAUAUUUAUUUGGAGUGCAAUUGUGUGUAAACUUGUCCAUGUUCAUCCCAUCAGCUGAGGCUUUCUGACCACACCGAAGCCUGUAGGAUUACAUGAAAAGCACACUGGUCAGCUAAACAUGUAGUGAACAGCAUCCAAGAAGCCAGCCACCUCAGUGUAGAAAUAUGUUAAUACAUAGCACUGUAAACAGAAACUAAAUUCUCUGUUGUUAUAGAUUGUAUUGUAUCUCUUCUGAAAAGCGUGUCCUUGCAGUGCACCAAUAUGAUUUAUUUUCCUGUCACUGGCUUUUGGAUGCGAAUGACCUGUAGAUUAGAGAUUCAGCAAGUAACAAAUUGAUGUUGAUGAACGUUUCGGUUAAACAUGAGGUUACUGAAAUGUUUUUACUUGUUGUCAGUUUGAUAACUGAGCACAUCUGCAGUUUACGGUUUGAUUUCUGCAAACCAUUACGUCAUAAUGUGCUUUAUUCCAGUAAUUAUUCUGCCAAACCACAUCGAGAUGAACUAAUGCAUUCUUAAAAGAGUUAUUUCAAGUCAAACCUAUUAGAUAGAAAUAUUAAAGAGUAAAUAUAUAUGAGUUUGAGGAUUAAAUAUGCACCACGUGGGACCAAGAUGUCAAUGGUCAAACUCGGCCUUAAAAUGGGUUCGUGCAAUGAAAAAGUAAAAGAAAUGACCAAACUCAGUAUGGAAAUAGUGAUAUUACAGGGCCAAAAACCUCAAAAUGUUUAUUGAAAAUAAAAAAUAAUCUUCCCAACAGAGCAAAAUAAAUAUGCAUACAGAUGCUGAGGAGGUAGGUAACUUUGAAUGCAUAUUGUUAGGGUGCCUACUGAAAUACAGGAGGACACUGGAGAUUAAAACUGAAUAGAACCAUAAUAUUAAACAUUCAUGACAUUCAGGGUAAUUUCUUGUGUUUUGUUUUAUACAGUUUUUAUAUUUCAGUUAAUUAAGGUAAAUUGUUUCUUUAAGCUAUUGGCAGAGCAUCCUUUCUUUACAAUAUAUGUAUUUAAAUAAGAGUAAAAAACAGUUUAAAUGUCAUGCAAUGUAAUUUUGCAUGUUAUUCAUCAUACAGUUUGAGACCAGUUGGCACAAAUCUAAAUAUUAAUAUUUUUUCCCAUCAUUUUUCCUCUUUUUUUUACAUCUUGUUGAAGGUAAACAAAAGUUGGAUGAGUUAAUAUGUUAAGAUUAAUACAGAAGUUAUGAACAUUCCUACACAAGUAUUUGGUAUUUGUUUACAUAUACGCUGACGACAUUUUACCAGAAUAAAAUAUUUUUAUUUAUAGAAUGAAUAUACAGUUAAAGUGGCAAUCACUGCUAUGUAAAAUUUUAUUCUUUUUUAAACUUCUGAUUGUUUUUUUGUUUUUUUCCCCACUAUUGAAUGGAAGUAAGAAUGGACAUGUUAUGCUUCACUGACAGUUGUAAAACUAUUGCCUUUAUGUUUGGAAACCUGGGGAGAAGUUUUCUAUGGAGCCCUGCAGGUGGCAGGAGUCGGUAUGAAAACAUCCACCUGUGUCCUAAGAUGUGGAAAAUAUUUUUCUGUAGGUUAGGAAGUUAUGGCUAAGUUGUUUCUUCCAAGCUCAAAAACUUCUUAAGUUGUCAAACCAAACACAAAGGUGGAGAAGUCAUAUUAUGACAUUACAAAGAAUAAAGUGAACUCAAACUAGAAAUUAUACAUCA